AGCAUAUACAGAUUUACCUACCUGUGAUUAAUUUCCCGGGAAUCACAUACAAUCCCCUCCACAAACACUAACCCCGAUCCGCCGCCGCAUCUCGUCUUCCAACCACCGCGGCCGCCGCCGCCGAACGGCGAUUAUCGGAGAAAAAGUGUCCGCCAUGGAAACCCCAACCCCUAGCACAAGCGCAUCGUCCACAGACCCGGCGACGCCGGUGUCGAAGCUUCUCAGCUCAUCCUACCGCCGCCCCUCUUCCUCCCGCACAAUCUACAGCGAUCGAUUCAUCCCGAGCAGAUCCUCUUCCAAUUUUGCCCUCUUCAAUCUGCCCAAUUCCAACCCCGGCGCAUCUUCCGACGAUUCGCAUUCUGCGUACACUAAUCUGUUAAAGUCCGCCCUUUUCGGGCCCGAAUGUGUCGGUGGUGGUAAUGGGUUUCAGCCGUUGACUCCAGAGAAGUCCUCCUCCGGCGGGAGGUUCGGCACUCGGAAUAGCGAUGGUAGUAAUUUGCUGAUUAGUCCUCCUAAUUGCAAUAUAUUCAAGUACAAGACUGAAACAAGGAAAUCUUUGCAUUCUCUUUCGCCGUUUGGGUAUGAUGAUCCACUCCCCGGCGUAUCCCACAGCCCUGUUAAAGCUCCCAGAAAAAUUCCAAGGUCUCCUUACAAGGUUUUGGAUGCACCGGCAUUGCAAGAUGACUUUUAUCUAAACCUCGUCGACUGGUCUUCGAAUAACGUGCUGGCAGUGGGGCUCGGCACCUGUGUAUAUCUGUGGCAUGCUUCGAGCAGCAAGGUGGUGAAAUUGUGCGAUUUAGGAUUCGAUGACAGUGUCUGCUCUGUUGGCUGGGCACAACACGGUACAAAUCUGGCUGUCGGAACUAGCAACGGCAAAGUCCAAUUAUGGGAUGCCGCUCGAUGCAAGAGAGUUAAAACUUUGGAGGGACAUAGGCUGAGAGUUGGUUCCCUCGCAUGGAGUUCGUCUUUAUUAUCUUCCGGAAGCCGGGACAAGACUAUUCUUCAACGAGAUUUACGAACUCCAGAUGAUUAUGUCAGCAAAUUAACUGGACACAAAUCAGAGGUUUGCGGAUUGAAGUGGUCGUACGACAACCGAGAGUUAGCAUCCGGUGGUAAUGACAACAAACUUUUUGUGUGGAACCAACAUUCGACGCAGCCGGUGCUAAAAUACUGUGAACACACUGCGGCUGUAAAAGCAAUUGCAUGGUCACCGCAUCUGCACGGACUCCUUGCUUCCGGAGGCGGCACUGCUGACCGAUGCAUUCGUUUUUGGAACACCACUACAAAUUCACACCUCAGUUGCAUGGAUACUGGAAGUCAGGUGUGCAAUCUUGUUUGGUCGAAGAAUGUGAAUGAACUAGUGAGCACACAUGGCUACUCCCAGAACCAAAUUAUAGUGUGGAGAUAUCCGACAAUGUCUAAGUUGGCUACUCUAACAGGCCAUACAUACAGAGUCUUGUACCUUGCCAUUUCACCAGAUGGACAGACCAUUGUAACAGGAGCUGGAGACGAGACACUUAGGUUCUGGAAUGUUUUUCCUUCACCCAAAUCUCAGAACACUGAAAGUGAAAUCGGAGCAUCGUCUCUUGGAAGAACUCAGAUUCGUUGAUCCUACUAUUAUUAAUCCGUCAUAGAAAGGCAAUACAGAUUAAUUGCAAGUAAGGGCCUUGAAUUUUUUUUUAAAUUUGCAGAGAAGGCCACAAAGAUUGAGUCGGUUGUUUCUCGCAAUCGUGUAAAUCGGUAAAUAUCUGUUACUGAUGUUCUAAGGUAGCAAAAUAGAGGGAAAUUAGUAUAAGUAACAUCCGGCUACUUAUAUAUAUUGUAAAUAAUUGCUAUUCACACCGGAUAAAAGAUUUACUAUUUAUCUACACACUUUCGUGCUCGAUGUU